CACCAUCCUCACCCCCCUCCCUCCCUGCAGAGCUUUCCACCACCAGCUUCCUGCCUCCCUCCUUCCUCACCGUCCCUCACCCCACCAUCUCCCCCCUCCUACCCGGGACGCUGAAUUUUACAGUACCGUCUGCAGGAUCCCGGAUUGUUCGGCGCACUCCUCUAUGCAGAGCAACACAGCUCCGGUGGAGGAACGCUGGAGGCAGCUGUCAAGCGCAGGCUGCUGCUCCUGCUGCUCUAGUUGAGCCUCGGCGCCGUACCGACCGAUUUCACAUUCACCAAUAAGAGACGGCACAGGGGGGAGAGAGAGAGAGGGAGAGAGAGAGAGGGAGAGAGAGAGUCUCGAAGUGAGUGGUGUGGAGAGGCAAGUAGAGUGGAAGAGUGUCAAAAGAAAAAAGAGGUUACAACACCUCCCCAGCUCUCUUUCCUUUCUCCUGUCUGCUUUCUCCCCCUCUUUUUCGUGUUGGCUCAGAAGAGGAAGAAGAGAAAGAAAGGGAGCUUUUAAAAAUUAACUGAAGAACAAGCUGCUUGCAGAGAAAGAAGCAAAAGAAAAGAAAAAAAAAAGACGAAGGAGGGAGUGAACCUAAACCUCAAGUCAAGCUCCAUUGAAGAGUUGAGGAGGGCUGCCUCUGUGGAUCAGGGACCAGUAAAGCUCUCUGUCCAAACCCUCGGACUCCUUGUGACACCCUCACUGGCUGGACUGGUCCCAGUGCUCGGCCCCACUCUCCUGCGCCCGCCUGCCCACACCUGUCCCGCUUCCAACAUGAUGAUGUACUUUUGGGGUAACCAAGAGGCCACCAACCCCCCAGAAGCGAUGGCCCAGCCGUACACCCCAGCCCAGUACCCGCCUCCCCCACAAAAUGGUAUCCCCGCAGAAUUUGCGGCGCCGCACCCGCUUCAGACACAGGACUACACCGGGCAGAGCCGGGUUCCGGAGCACGCCAUGACCCUGUACACGCCCACACAGACACACAGCGAGCCGGCUGGCACUGACAACAGCACGCCCACCAUCACCGCCACCACGACCGCACCGGUCAGUGCCCUUCAUCAUCUGCAAACACUGUUCUCAACACGCUGUCAGCAAACAGAUGACGUGACGCAAACAGAGGGCUCUCAGCAGCUCCAGCUCCAGCACUCAGACUCUUCAGAGAAGCAGCAGCCAAAAAGGUUACAUGUCUCCAACAUUCCCUUUCGCUUCCGGGACCCUGACUUGAGGCAAAUGUUUGGUCAAUUUGGAAAGAUUUUAGAUGUGGAGAUUAUCUUUAAUGAGCGAGGAUCCAAGGGCUUUGGGUUUGUAACUUUUGAAACAAGCACAGAUGCUGAUCGUGCACGGGAGAAACUAAAUGGUACAAUCGUUGAGGGACGCAAAAUAGAGGUGAACAAUGCAACUGCACGGGUGAUGACAAACAAAAAAGUGGCCAACCCCUACACAAAUGGCUGGAAGCUGAAUCCAGUAGUAGGAGCUGUCUAUGGUCCUGAACUGUAUGCCGUAACAGGGUUUCCCUACCCUGCCACAGGCGCUACAGUGGCCUACAGGGGUGCCCACUUGCGGGGACGGGGACGAGCUGUGUACAACACAUUCCGCACAGCUCCACCACCACCACCGAUCCCUGCGUAUGGAGCUGUGGUGUAUCAAGAUGGCUUCUACGGUGCCGAGAUCUAUGGUGGCUAUGCAGCAUACAGAUUUGCCCAGCCCACCACCACCGCUGCUUACAGUGACAGCUAUGGCAGAGUCUAUGCAACAGCAGACCCCUAUCACCACACGAUUGGCCCUGCUGCCACGUACAGUGUGGGGACCAUGGCUAGCCUAUACAGAGGAGGGUACAGUCGCUUCACUCCCUACUAAAAGAAAGAAAAAAGCGAGAAAAGACAGAGACAUUACCCCAAACAAACAAACAAAAAAAAAAAAUCUAUCUUUAAAAGAUAAAACAAAGACUAA